UACGAAAAAUGGCGGGAGUGCAAAAAUUGAAAUUAAAUCAUUUGAACAUUAACGUAAAAAAUGCCCUAAUUGUUGGUAUUAUUAUUGCUAAAAACAGUCCUCGUACGGUAGGUUCCAAAAAGAAAAGCGGAGAAUCCAGAGGAGUUACAUCUUUUACAAUAAGAGAUUCCGAUAUAGACACGAUUAACGUUGAUGUUUGGGGUUCAGAAUACUUUGUCCUAACUUUUUACGAACGAUUUUUAGUAGGAGAUGUUGUUGAAAUUACGUCGCCAAAAAUCUGCGUAAAGGCAGGAGAUAACGAAACUUACAGGCCGCAGGUGUCGUCCCCGUUUUUCCUGUCUCUAAACGAAGGCAUGUCAGACGUGACCAUUCACAAUGGAGAUGCUUUCAGCAUGUUCUUACCUCUUCUCCAUAUACCCACUAAGCAAUCUUCAGGCUAUUAUGGACUUGCCGAAGUAAUGAAAUUACCAGAUGAAAGUAACAAUGUUUACGUCGAUUUGCUGGUUGUUGUAAAAUCCGUGAGACCAGCGAAAACUAUAAAAACCAGAGCUGGAGUUGAUAUGUCAGUGCGCGGUGUAGAAAUUAUAGACAAUACAACUCCGGCUACCGUUAACCUAGACAUUUUCGACAUCGACACUAUCCAAAGGGCAGAAGAAUGGAGGCCAUUAGAAAGCGUGCUCUUUAUAGCUGAUGCUAGAGUAUCGUGGCGCUCCCGUGCAGUCAGUGUGCAAGUAUGCGCGCGCACCGUGAUCACACACCAGCCUCACACCGCUGACGCAGAGGCCCUCAGGCUGCACAUACGUAACCAGGCAACUGCGCGUGGCGGGGAAGCCGCAGCAUGGGCCGCAUGGAGUGGCGAGCGCGCAUGUGCGGCGUCCGUGUCACAAGUGCGCGACCGCGUCGCAGGCGCAACGCCUUUCUGUGCGUCACUACAUGCAUUGCUGACGCACCUCGAUUUGGAUGAACUUGAUACUUUGGAUAAUUCUGCUGAUGAGAACAUUCGGGUCCGCUUUGCUGACCACACUGGGGAGUUGACUGCGCGACUACCUGUGAAUAUUCUAGAAGACACUUUAGGAUAUUCUAUAGCGCAGUUAAGGUCGAUGUCCUCUGAAAAUCGUGCAGCAGCUCGGUGGUCCAUUCUCCUGGAACAGUGCACCGUGAAACUGGCUGCUUCACCCCCGCGCCUUAUAGUUCUUAGUCUGCGGCGAGCCACGCAAGCAGACCCGAUACCGCUAUACUAAAUGAUUAUAUCAGUGUAAUCUGUUAAUUCCCUUCUCUUAAUAAAUUGGUUUACCUUAUAUCUUUAAAUGUUUACGUCAUGAAAGACUAGCAAUACAUCAC